UGAAAGAAGCUGGAAGAGACUUUACCUAUUUUAUUGUGGUGCUUGUUGGAAUUGGUGUUACAGGUGGUUUGUUCUAUGUGAUUUUUAAAGAGCUAUUCUCUUCUUCUAGUCCAAGUAAGAUCUAUGGAGAUGCCUUGGAGAAAUGCAGAUCUCACCCUGAGAUAAUUGGUGUUUUUGGUGAAUCUAUUAAAGGUUAUGGGGAGACAACAAGAAGAGGAAGACGACAGCUCGUCAGUCACAUUGAAUACGUUAAGGAUGGACUGAAACAUAUGCGUUUGAAGUUCUAUAUUGAGGGCUCUGAACCAGGGAAGCGGGGAACAGUCCAUGUGGAAGUCAAAGAGAAUCCUGAGAGAGGAAGAUUUGAGGUCCGCUACAUAUUUGUGGACGUUGACACCUAUCCUAGAAGAACCAUUGUCAUAGAAGACAACAGAUAGCCAAUGAUCACAGUUGCUGCCUCAUCUCAUUGAGUAUUGGAUGAUACUGGUGUAGCCAAUGUACACAUGAAUUAUUUGCCGUUCUUGGUUGUAUCUUGCAACUUUAAGGUUGUGUUACAGGUAGUAGACUCUCAGGGCCUCCAUUAAGGUCUUUCAUAAUAACAGGUACAGGAUUUAAGUGGAGCCAAUGAAAUAUAGUAGAGCCAUCACUUA